AAGUUAUUACCCUUUUAUCUUUAAAAUGAGUUGCAGAUAUUUUCCACAUUUAUGAUUUAUAUUUUAAGUUACGGUAUUUUUCCAAUGUUUUAUUAUGAAAAAAUUUCAAACAUGCAGCAAAAUUGGAAGAAUUUUACAGUGAACACCUGUAUACCUACCAUUACCUUUAACAUGUUACCGUACUUGCUUUUAUCUCAUGUUUAUUUGUUAUUGGUAUUUUUUUUUAAAAAAAUGGCUGUAACAAAACAUAUACCCAUUCAGCAUUUUCUACAUGUACAGUUCAGUUACAUUUAUUACAUUCUUCACAUUGUGUCUCACUCUUGAAUUUCUGCCCAUACUAUUUCACCACCAAGACUCUCUGCCUUCUAAACUUCUCCUCUGUGUUUUAGAGUUACUGCUGUCAGUUUGAUCUCACAUGGAAAAGUCUUUGAAAGAGCGCAGUGCUCAAGGCAAACAUUCUUUAUUAUUUGAGCCAAACUUUUGCUUUGUUAUUCUUUAUUAUUUGAGCUAAACGUUUGUUUCAUUUGAAGGUGACUUCAUGGCAUAAUUUUGGUUCAAGGCUUGAAGAUCAUCUCGGGGCAGUUAGAUUCAGGGGUUCUUCUAGUCUCAUAAUGAGUCCAUUAAGUCUGGUUUCUAUAAGAAUUUGAAAUUCUGUUCCACGUUUUUUUCUCUUUUUGAUCAAGAUCAAUCUAUUGGGUCCUUGAUCAAGACAUUCAGUAAUGGUAGCCGGGCACCAGUUAAUGGUAUUUUUUUUAUACUGCAGAUAUUUUUAAUUUUUACAAGACCAGAUUUAUGAUUCUUUUCUUUCAUAGCUUCUGGGUUUUGUCUUGUUUAGAAAGACCUUCCCCGUUCUUGAGGUGGUAAUUUUUUUCAUAUGUUUUCUUUCUAAUAUUUUCAUGAUUUCUAUUUUUGAACUUAAGGUUUUGAUCCAUCUAGAAUUUAUUUGCUGUAAGAAGUGAGGUAGAUAAGCAGCUUUAUUUUUUAGGGGUCAACAGCUUUUAUCUGUAAAGGGCCAGGUAGUAAAUAUCUUUGGCAUUGCGGACCAUACAGUCUUUGUUGCAACUGCUCAACUGAAAGCAGCCAUUUACAGUGGAUAUGGUUGUGUUCUAAUAAAACUUUAUUUAAGGCGAUUGGAUUUGGCCCACUGGCUGUAGUUGGCUGACCCCUGGGAUGAUGGUUAUCACAGCUACAUAAUUACUGACAAAUCCAUUUUCCCUGUUAAUUUGAAAUGCAACCUUUGGUUUAUACCAAAUUUCCAUGUGUAUUUUUGUGUAUAUGGACUCUAUUCCAUUUCACUGAGUUCUACCUUUAUGUUUUAAUAUUUGGUAGCACUCCUCUCCCCUCAUUAGUAUUUUUUUAACAGAAUUUUCCUGACUCUACUAAGUUGUUUACUAUCGUUUGCUGUUAUAAACAAUGCUGCAGUGAGUAAUGUUUUUACAUGCGUACAAAUAUAUCUGUAUAUUAGAUUCCCAGAAGUGGAAUUGUGGGUCAGUGAGUAUAUAGAUUUUUAGUUUUGUCAGCUAGUACCAAAUUCCCUCUGUAGGGGUGUACCAUUUUCACUCCCACCAGCAAUGUGAGGGUACCUAUUUUCUAUACAGCCUUGCCAACAGUUUGUUGUCAAACAUUUGAACUUAAGCACAUCUGCUGGGUUAAAAAUGGUCUAUCACAAAUAUUCCUUACAGAAUUCCAAAUAAUACAUAUGAAUAUUCUUCUCCAGUGGGUAGAGCUUAAUUCCCCUCCCCUUGAGUGUUUUUUUGAGUGUGGGCUGGACUCAGUGACUCACUUUCAAAGAAUAAAGUAUGGAAAGGGAAAAAUUGAAACUUAUCAGUGGGAAAACCUGGCAAACACCAUUUUAACCAGGUAGUCAGGGUUAACCUCAGUGAUGAGUCAUAUUGUUAUCAUGUACUCCCGGAUAUGAUGUGAUGUGAUAUGAUAUGUGAUGAGCGUACCUCACUUCCCUGGUAUUCUUUUUAAAAAUCCAUAACCCAAGUAUAAUCAUGAGAACAAAUCAGACAAACCCAAAUAGAGGGAAUUCUACAAAAUAUCUGACCACUACACUUCCAAAUUGUCUAGGUCAUAAAAAAACGAGGAAAGACUGAGAAACUUUCACAGACCAGAGGAGACUAAGGAGACAUGAUAACUAAAUGCAGUAUGAUAUCUUCGAUUAGAUCUUAGAACAGAAAAACCACAUUAGUGAAAAUACUGAUGAAAUCCAAAUAAAGUCCGUGGUUUAGUUAAUAGUUUUGAUGAAAUGUACCAUGAUUUUGUUAGCAUUAGGGGAACUGGGUGAAGGGUAUAUGGAAACUCUGUAUUAUCUUUGAACUUUUCUGUAAAUCUAGAAUUAUUUCAAAAUAAAAAAUUUGUUUAGAAAAUGGUCUAUCAGCGUAGUAUUAAUUUUCAUCUUUCAUUGUGGGUGAGAUGGAAACCCUGGUGGCGUAGUGGUUAAGUGCUACGGCUGCUAGCCAAGAGGUCGGCAGUUUGAAUCCACCAGACGCUCCUUGGAAAUUCUAUGGGGCAGUUCUACUCUGUCCUACAGGGUCGUUAUGAGUCGGAAUCGACUCAACAGCAGUGAGUUUGGUUUGGUUUAUUAUGAGUGAUAGAGCAACUUUUCAAGUACAAAUCAUUUGUAUUUCUUUUCUGUGAAUUCUGCUCAUGCUUUUCCCUGUAUUUUUUCCCAGUUGAUUGUUUAUCUUUUGACUUAAUUUUUUUUUGUUUUUUACAAGCAGAAGUACUUUACUUUUAUAUAGUUGAACUUAAUAAUCUUUUUUUUAUGGCUUCUGCUUUUGGAGUCAUAGCUAGGAUUUCCCUAUUUCAAGGUACAAAGAAAUUAUCCUGUGUUUUCUUUAUUGACUUUUAUGGUUUCAUUUUUUCCAUUUAAAUCUUUUAAUCUAUCUCAAAUGUAUCCUGGUAUAUAUGUGUAAGUAUUGUCAUAACAUCUUGCACAUAUCUAGAUAUUUAACCUUUUUGAUGUGCUUAUACUUUGGGUCUUUAUUUCUGCAGGUUAAUUUUGUACCCAGCAUCCUUAUUGACUUAUUAUCUGUAAUCAUUUUUCAGUUGAUUCUCUUAGGUUUUCCAGGCAUACCCUCAUAUCACCUACAAAUAAUGGUAAUUUUGCCUUCUCCUCUCCAGCUUUUAAUUCUUAUUCUUCAUUCCUUUGUUUAAUUGCACUAGCCAGUAUCUUUAGAAUAAUAUUAAAUAAUGGUGUUGAUAGUGGACAUUCUAGUAUUGUUCCUGACCAGAGUUGGAAUCCUGCUAGUAGUAUUCUACCAAGGUAUCUGUUUUUUCUUGCCUGUUCAUGUUUUCUUUUUAAAAAUAUAAACAUGUUUUGACUAUAGUAAAUUUUUAAUUAUUAUUUUAUCUAAAAAAUAAUUACUGAGUACCAGGCACUGUGCUAAGCUUUAGGGAAUAUGAUAGUGAACCAAAUGGAUAUGGUGCCCUCAUUUUAUGGAACUCACAAUCUAGUAUUUUUUAAAAUCAUAAAAGAAAUGCAAAUUAAAUCAACUUUGAGAUAAUUAUUUUACAGUUAUUGCAUAGGAGAAAUUUUAACAAAACAGCUUCCAGUGCUAGCAAGGUGGCCGUGAAACAGAGGGGCAGGGUGGCGCAGUGCACGAUGAGGCGGAGAGGGAGAGAGGUCGGCAGGGACCUCACCCCGCAGGACCCUGCAGACCUUGUAGGACCUUGAGGUGGUCGUGGAGACAGGACUGGCCGCUAUGGAGCCACUGACCGCUCACAGGAUGACAGUGGGGAGAGCCGCAGCCGAGACCACGACUACCGGGACAUGGACUACCGUUCGUAUCCCCGCGAAUAUGGCAGCCAGGAGGGCAAGCAUGAUUAUGACGACUCAUCCGAGGAGCAGAGUGCAGAGGAUUCGUACGAGGCCUCCCCGGGCUCCGAGACUCAGCGUAGGCGGCGGCGGCGGCACAGGCACAGCCCCACCGGCCCACCAGGCUUCCCCCGAGACGGCGACUAUCGGGACCAGGACUAUCGGACCGAGCAAGGGGAGGAGGAGGAGGAGGAGGAGGAUGAGGAGGAGGAGGAGAAGGCCAGUAACAUCGUCAUGCUGAGGAUGCUGCCACAGGCAGCCACUGAGGAUGACAUCCGUGGCCAGCUGCAGUCCCACGGGGUCCAAGCACGGGAGGUCCGGCUGAUGCGGAACAAAUCCUCAGGUCAGAGCCGGGGCUUCGCCUUCGUCGAGUUUAGUCACUUGCAGGACGCUACACGAUGGAUGGAAGCCAAUCAGCACUCCCUCAACAUCCUGGGCCAGAAGGUGUCCAUGCACUACAGUGACCCCAAGCCCAAGAUCAACGAGGACUGGCUUUGUAAUAAGAUACUCCUCGAAACCAGGGACUUAUCUUCGACUCCUUCCCCUCCUUUAUCCCCUGCAUCCUGUUGGUCACCAGGUCCUGUUGCUUCCAUCACAGAAAUGCCACCUUCCCUCCCUUGCCAUUUCCGCUGCUCAUGCCAAUCCUCACGCCCUCUCACCCAGACAAUCGCUGCGGACCCCUCUCUGUGUGGAGUCCAGAACUUCAAACGACGUGAGAAGUGCUUCAAAUGUGGUGUGCCCAAGUCAGAGGCAGAGCAGAAGCUGCCCCUCGGCUCAAGGCUGGAUCAGCAGACGCUGUCACUGGGUGGACGGGAGCUAAGCCAGGGUCUGCUCCCCCUGCCACAGCCCUAUCAGGCCCAGGGAGUGCUGGCCUCCCAAGCCCUGUCACAGGGCUCAGAGUCAAGCUCAGAGAAUGCCAACGACACUAUCAUUUUGCGCAACCUGAACCCACAUAGCACCAUGGACUCCAUCCUGGGGGCCUUGGCACCCUAUGCGGUGCUGUCCUCCUCCAAUGUACGCGUCAUCAAGGACAAGCAGACCCAAUUGAACCGUGGCUUUGCCUUCAUCCAGCUCUCCACCAUCGUGGAGGCAGCCCAGCUGCUGCAGAUACUGCAGGCCCUACACCCACCACUCACCAUUGACGGCAAGACCAUCAACGUUGAGUUCGCCAAGGGUUCUAAAAGGGACAUGGCCUCCAACGAAGGCAGUCGCAUCAAUGCUGCUUCUGUGGCCAGCACUGCCAUUGCUGCGGCCCAGUGGGCCAUCUCACAGGCCUCCCAGGGUGGGGAGGGUGCCUGGGCCACCCCCGAGGAGCCAACGGUCGACUACAGCUACUACCAACAGGAUGAGGGGUAUGGCGGCAGCCAGGGCACAGAGUCUUCCCUCUAUGCCCAUGGAUACCUCAAGGGCACCAAGGGCCCCAGCAUCACUGGAACCAAAGGGGACCCAGCUGGAGCAGGUCCUGAGGCCUCCCUAGAACCUGGGGCAGACUCUGUGUCACUGCAGGCUUUCUCCCGCACCCAGGCUGGUGCUGCCCCUAGCAUCUACCAGCAGUCAGCAGCUGAGGUUAGCAGCAGCCAGGGCAGUGCUGCCAACAGCCAAUCAUACACCAUCAUGUCACCUGCUGUGCUCAAAUCUGAGCUCCAGAGCCCCACCCAUCCCAGCUCUGCCCUACCACCAGCCACCAGCCCCACUGCCCAGGAGUCCUACAGCCAGUACCCUGUCCCUGAUGUCUCCACCUACCAAUAUGAUGAGACAUCUGGUUACUACUAUGACCCUCAGACUGGCCUCUACUAUGACCCAAACUCCCAGUAUUACUACAAUGCUCAGAGCCAGCAGUAUUUGUACUGGGAUGGGGAAAGGCGGACCUAUGUACCUGCCUUGGAGCAGUCAGCUGAUGGGCAUAAGGAGACAGGGGCACCCUCAAAAGAGGGCAAAGAAAAGAAGGAGAAGCACAAGACCAAGACAGCCCAGCAGAUUGCCAAGGACAUGGAACGCUGGGCCCGCAGCCUCAACAAACAAAAGGAAAACUUUAAAAACAGCUUCCAGCCGAUCAGCUCCCUAAGAGAUGAUGAAAGGCGGGAGUCAGCCACUGCAGAUGCUGGCUAUGCCAUCCUUGAGAAGAAGGGAGCACUAGCCGAGAGGCAGCACGCCAGCAUGGACCUCCCAAAAUUGGCCAGCGAUGACCGCCCAAGCCCGCCACGGGGCCUGGUGGCAGCCUACAGUGGGGAGAGUGACAGUGAGGAGGAGCAGGAGCGAGGGGGCACUGAGCGGGAGGAAAAACUGACUGACUGGCAGAAGCUGGCCUGCCUACUUUGUCGACGUCAGUUCCCCAGCAAAGAGGCCCUCAUCCGACAUCAGCAGCUCUCAGGGCUCCACAAGCAAAACCUCGAGAUUCACCGGCGAGCCCACCUGUCAGAAAAUGAGCUGGAAGCACUAGAAAAGAAUGACAUGGAGCAAAUGAAGUACCGGGACCGUGCAGCUGAACGCAGGGAGAAGUAUGGCAUCCCUGAGCCGCCAGAGCCCAAGAGGAGAAAGUACGGUGGCAUGUCUGCAGCCUCUGUGGACUUUGAGCAACCUACGCGAGAUGGGUUGGGCAGUGACAACAUUGGCAGUCGUAUGCUCCAGGCCAUGGGCUGGAAAGAGGGCAGUGGCCUGGGCCGCAAGAAGCAGGGCAUUAUAACACCCAUUGAGGCCCAGACACGGGUACGGGGCUCUGGCUUGGGUGCCCGGGGCAGCUCCUAUGGGGUCACCUCAACCGAAUCCUACAAGGAAACACUGCACAAGACAAUGGUGACCCGCUUCAAUGAGGCCCAGUGAGCAUCCGGGAGAGCAACUUAUACAUAUGUUGGGUGUCCAGCUGAGGAGGAUGAAAUGUUGGGUUGUGUGAGGGAGCCCUGCUCCUAUCUACUAGCCCACUCCCCAGGUGGAGAGGCCCUGACCAAAUCAAACUUUGCGUUGGUGACUUUUAUUGGAAAACUGGGCUGGGAUCAUGUUCUUCUUUUGUAAUAAAAGCUGAAAAGUCUGCAA